GCCGUCGAUCCGCUUUCCUGCCUUUGGCGUCAAAAAUUUGAAAUCGCCGCUCCCCUCCCCUCUUCGGUCUUUCCCCCCCAGUCUCUCUCGCUCUCUGGAUGAACGAUGGGGGACGGAGAGCCUCGCAGCUUGAACCAGAGGAACGCUCGUCUCAUUCGCCACUUGACGUCUCACGUCUCCGACCGACCACCCUCCUUCUCCUUGGUCGACGAUCAAGAUGAAACUUAUGACCAGCAACCAGAGGUCGACACCCUGCGGAAGGUGAAAGUCCAAGGUCGGCGUCGCCUGUGCAAGCUUUCCUCCAAGGACGACGAAUCCCAGCGAUCUACCCUCGAUGAAACCAUCCUUGACGACGAGGAUGGUCGUCAUGUUCGAGGGACGAACGAUUCUUCGCCGUCUGAAAUCAGAGACAUACUGAAAGAUUUGAGUUCGAAACUCGAAAGCUUGUCAAUCGAGACGAAGAAGGGCAAGGGGAUCGAUCGCGGCAAAGACGGUUCCCAGUUUGUCGAUCUUUCUACUCCUAGCCCCAUUGCAAAACGUGGUAAAGAGAAUGAGAAGGUGGUUGAUGCCGUCGAAGAACCAGAAUACGAAAGUGCCCUUUCAUCACUGUCAUCUGGUUCUCGGGUCGGUGAUUCAUUCGAAGAGUUGGAUGAUGAUGGUGAAUCUCAUUACGACGAUACGGACUCCAUCACGUUCGUUGGCGAACAGAAAACAUAUACUCUGCCAGGGAAAGUCGCGAAAAUGCUGUUCCCUCAUCAACGUGAAGGCCUGAAGUGGUUGUGGGACAUCCAUUGCAAGUUGGGCGGUGGCAUUCUUGGCGACGAUAUGGGUCUUGGGAAGACAAUGCAGAUAUCAGCCUUUUUGGCAGGUCUGUUUGCUUCCAACAUUAUAAAGCGGGCUCUUAUCGUGGCUCCAAAAACUCUUCUUGGACAUUGGAUUAAGGAACUUUCUGUUGUGGGCCUCUCUGAAAAGAUUCGCGAAUACUUUGGAAAUGCUGGAAGCUUAAGGGAUUAUGAGCUCAAAUCCGUGCUUCAGGAUGGUGGUGUUCUCCUCACUACAUAUGAUAUCGUGCGUAACAAUUCAAAGGCGUUAUGUGGUAAUGACUUCUUGGAUGAUGAUACAAGUGAGGAGACAUGGGAUUACAUUAUACUUGAUGAGGGUCAUACCAUAAAGAAUCCUUCUACUCAAAGGGCCAAAAGUUUGAUCCAAAUCCCAGGUACACAUCGAGUCAUCAUCAGUGGAACUCCUAUACAGAAUAAUUUGAAGGAAUUAUGGGCCUUGUUUUACUUCUGCUGUCCCAAAGUUUUGGGAGAUAAAAAUGAGUUUAAGGAAAAAUAUGAGAAGCCGAUUCUCCGAGGAAAUGAUAAAAGUGCUACUGCCAGAGAAAAAUGGGUGGGAUCAACAGUUGCAAAAGAAUUGAGAGAGAAGAUCAAACCAUAUUUUCUGCGUCGACUGAAAAGUGAAGUUUUCCUUCAUGAAGAUACCAAAUCUGCAAAGAUUUCUAAAAAGGAGGAGAUAAUUGUCUGGCUUAGGCUUACCUCAUGUCAGAGGCAAUUGUAUGAAGCAUUUCUACAGAGUGAGACAGUUUUUUCGUCAGUCCAAGGAUCACCAUUGGCUGCUUUAACUGUAUUGAAAAAGAUAUGUGAUCAUCCGUCUCUGUUGACUCAAAGAGCAACAGAUGACGUGUUGGAAGGGAUGGACAAGAUGCUUGAUGGCGACGAUCAUGCUCUCAUGGAAAAGAUGGUGAUGGAUGUUACGAGAAUCUCUUCGGAUGAUGCACCAAGACAGUUGGGCAAUGUUUCAUGCAAAAUAAAUUUUCUGAUGUCUUUGCUGGAAAACUUGGUUGCAGAAGAUCAUAACGUCCUUGUGUUUUCUCAGACACGGAAGAUGUUAGACAUCAUUCAGGAUGAAAUAAAAUGCAAAGGUUAUGGGUUUUCACGCAUUGAUGGAACCACCAAAGCUUCAGAAAGACAAAACAUUAUCAAUGAAUUCCAAGCGGGUAAUGCGCCUCCCAUUUUCCUCUUGACAUCCCAAGUUGGUGGCCUUGGACUGACACUCACAAGAGCUGAUCGUGUAAUUGUGGUGGAUCCAGCUUGGAAUCCAAGUACGGACAAUCAAUGUGUAGACCGUGCAUAUAGAAUUGGGCAACUCAAAGACGUGCUUGUGUAUCGCUUGAUGACUUGUGGCACCAUUGAAGAGAAGAUAUACAAAAUGCAGGUAUUCAAGGGAGGCUUAUUUAAAACUGCUACAGAACAGAAGGAGCAGACUCGAUAUUUUAGCCAGAAAGAUAUCCGAGAACUCUUCAGCCUCCCUGAGCAGGGUUUUGAUGUUUCACUUACUCAGAAGCAAUUGCAUGAAGAGCAUGACUGUGAGCAUAUAAUUGAUGAUUCCUUUAAGGAUCAUGUCAAAUUCCUGCAUAGCCAAGGUAUUGCUGGUAUCAGUCAUCAUAGUUUGCUUUUCUCCAAGACUGCUGCUUUAUCAGUUGCAAAUGAGGAUUGGGUUGCACCAAGAAAGAAGGUUACUUCUGUGGGGCGUGCAUCUUCCACUUCUUAUCUAGAGCAUAAUGUGGAUGGUGCUCAUCUGGCAGUCAAUCCAAGGGAAUGGAAACAAAAAACCAUGGAUCCUUCGACUGCUGACUAUGGUCGACUACAUGAAUCGGAAAUCAGGGAGAGGAUCAAGCGGCUAAGUCAAAUUUUAGAAAACAAGUCUCUUGUAUCAAAACUAUCAGAUAAGGGAGAGAACAUCAAAAAGAAGAUUUUGGCCUUAAAUUCAGAGCUUCUUAAGUUUUCUGCACGCAAUCUUCAACCCGACGAUUUGUCUUCUCGGGCUGAAGACAAACAAAAAUCUGUUAGUGUGGAUAUUUCCUUGGAAUUACAGAAGUUGUCUCUCAGUAACAAGUAAUUGAAACUAAGUGACAAGCUAGCAUAUGUAUAGUUGAAGGCGCAUCAGGUUGCCUGGCAGGUGAUAAGCAACACCACUAGUCUAGAAGCAUGUUUGCUUGUUGGUCUCGUGUAUAGCCGACUCAACACUAACCAGGAAGUGCGGAGCGGUCACUGCAGGUGAUAAGCAACACCACUAGUCUAGAAGCAUGUUUGCUUGUUGGUCUCGUGUAUAGCCGACUCAACACUAACCAGGAAGUGCGGAGCGGUCACUGUGUUUCUUCUUCAUAAGGUCGCCUACUGGGUUUCCUGAUAUGCAUUCUGUGCAGAUGUUUUCAGGAAGUACGGAGCCGUUGGUGCGUUUCUUCUUUGUAAGGUCGCCUACUGGGUUACCUGAUAUGCAUUCUGUGCAGAUGUUUGCUUGGAGGAAGUCUGCUUUUGAUUUUGAGAUUAAUUUCUUGUUUUCAUGCAUGCUUAGAAAAGGCUGAUUGCAUGCUUAGAAAAGGCGUUUUUGGUGUAAAGGAAACUGUGGCAAUUAGUUCAAGCCUAAUAAAAAAAAAUGCAAUCUGAAAAAGCACUCUACUUAAUUAUAUAUCAGUUUGCAAUUAAUGUACCUCUUCUGAUUUAA